AUGGCCAUUCUGAAUUGCCUGUUGUUGCUUGCAUCUAUCGUGGGGAAUGCUUUAGUCCUGGCUGCUAUGAAGAAGAUUUCUUCCAUUCAUCCAAACUCAUUGACUCUGCUCUGUAGUCUUGCUGUUUCAGAUCUAUUGGUUGGUUUCGUGGCUCAACCGAUUUUCAUAGCCGGUAUUCUAACGAGAGAUAAGUUCGUUCAAAACCUGUCGGCAGUGGCAAUGGGUUCGGCGUGCUCAGUGACGCUUUGGACGAUAACUGCCAUAAGUAUGGAUCGACUUAUGGCUCUUCGAUAUCACAUGAGAUAUGGUUCUUUGUUCACCGAAUCUCGGGUCAGAUAUGCUGCGCUAACUAUAUGGUUGGUCAACGUACUCCUUUCUGCCUCCUAUCUUUGGAUAGAACAAAUAUACAAAUUUACCAUGGGUAUUGUGACUGUAAUCUGCUUAAUAAUUUCAGCAUCUUGUUAUAUUUUGAUAUACCGUGUGGUUCGCCUGCAUCAAACCCAGAUUCUAGCUCAACAAGUAGCAAUUCACCCUCCUUUGGAAAGAAAUGGUACAGAUAUGAGACGUCUACGUAGAAGCGCUAUUAAUACUUUUAUAUUUUUCAUGUUUUUGAUCAUUUGUUAUUCUCCAAUGUAUGUGAUACUGUUCCUUUAUGGAUUGUCCAUCAUAGAGUGGAAAAUAGAGUUCAACUUUUUUACUACUUUAGUGUUCAUGAACUCGUCAAUUAACCCAUUCUUGUAUUGCUGGCGGGUCAGUGAGUUACGAGGGGAAGUCUUACACACUGUAAGAAGAUUGUUUUGUAAACAUACGGUGGAAAGCUAGAAUUUGAAGAUGGGGCUCAAUACAGCCAGCCUCUUGAUGCGACGAUGUGAACUUGUUCACACUCGGGUUACAACUUAUGCAUCGUUGUCUUUUCUUGUGACUACGUUUCAAUUCCAGAGAAUAAAAACUAAAUAUGUAUACAACUUGACUUUAAUGUUGUUCACCCCGCGGCCAAUAAAUACGUCGUCGGAUGUUCGAAAAGCACCAUAUCUUCUGGGCGAAUUGUUGAGAUGGAAUAACCCACCAAAUAAUACAUAAAUCAAUAUAUAAAUAAAUAAAAUUUUUAACUCGUGUUAUUUUUUAUUCCUAAAAUCUUUUUUGAAAAGUAAGUUGAAUUUAUUCGCUGUAAUAUUUCAACGCACUUAUUACCCGUCGAGAUGACUUGUGCAUCUCAUAAAUAUUCUCUCUUUUCGUGAUCCCAACGAGUUCAAACAUGGAUGAAUUAAGAAAAAACACAUUGGCGUGUAAGUAACUAUAAGGCGGAUUAUAUGCACAAUAAUGCUCAUAACUUGUUAAAAUCCGCAUGGACUUUCAACUUAAAAACAAGAAAACAUAACACGAUGUGAUCGAGUGGGAUGGACCUAUGGUUCCUGAAUAAAACACAAACCUAUUUGACAUUCUAGAAAAAUAUAAGACGCCUGCAAUCAGAACCUUCACAAAAUUUAAAUACAAACAUUGUGAGCUACUGUUAUCACUAAAACAUGACAAAAAUUUAUUUCCUAUUCUUACUUCGCUUUGCCAAUUUUAUAAUAAAUUAUAUCAUGAUAAGAACAGGUGUUUUUCUCUGUUUUCAGAUUUAAAUGCUGAAAUUUUUCCUAUAAUAACAACUUAAUGUUCGGUUAUUGAGCUGAGAAAGUCAAAGCGCAAUUAAUGGGAAAAAACUGUUGAUGUAUGAGCUAAAGGCGUAUUUUUUUUUUGUUCUUUCCUGAGAUGCCGCACGUUUCAAGCAGAUUGAAGUGACAAUAUUGUAUCGUCGAAACAUUAAGGGAUCGAUGGAGAAAAGAAAAGAAAUAACUUUUUUUUCAAAAUUUUCUUCAUAUUUUGCCAAGAAUUUGGUUCAGACUAAGGGUGAAAACAAAAACAAAAAAAACAGAACAUAUCCACGGGCAUUGCAGUUCAUUUUUUUGAUGUUUGUUUUCGUUUUCGUAAUGAUAAAAUUAAAUGAGUGUAAUUUCUCAAUACGCAUAGGGUUUACUAGUAUGACGAGGUUGCAUUGUGCAAGUCGCAGUCUCCUUGGUAGCCCAAAACAAACAAUGAUUUCACAAACUUCAAGUGAAGCUAAUUUUGGUGACUGUAAUUUAAUCAACUUGAACAUCUGCAGGACAUGGCUAUUAGCUUUUGGCACGACUCCUAACCACUAAAUUUGUGAAUAUUGGGUUACUAUCCACCUAUCCAUUUUUUCAAAUAUUCCCGAGUUGUUUUUUUCUAAUUCUACAUUGUUUGAGUAAAAUUGAAAAGGAGAGAUGGCAAUCCUAACCAAAAUAGACCUGUAUGAGCGAGCCUCUUAAGAGAGUGUCUCUGUAAGCGCGGUCGGGUCGAUUUUGCUUGAGACACGGAUUUCGCUCGUUUCUUGUGUGUUGUAAGGCAUUCAUGUACCUAUACUAAAACAACAAUCAGUUUGAUCGGAUCUCCUUACUUUUCGGAGUUUUACAAAAAUUAAAUUUACCUCAUAAACGUGACCGCUGACCAGUCGCUAAGUGAAAACAGUAUAGCGCGGGGUGGGGUGGGUGGCGGGCUUAUCGUCAUAAGAUAUUCGAAUACAUGCUUAAAAAGCUUUAGGACUAUCAGUCUAAACAGUGAAGGCAUGCUUGGUGGUACAGACAACUUUUAUUUUAUUCUCAUAACUUUCUCCUUUAAAUUAGAGCUGGUAUUAAUUAAUAGAGUUAUCAAUAUAUUUUUAACCGGGGUACCCUUAUAACCUUUUUGCCUGUCAUUUUCCACCAGAACCUUUAAUUUAUGCCCCAUUGCACGGAAUGAACACUAUACUUAGAAUGUUUGUACUAAGUAAUUUUUGCUGUUCCCAAGAAUGUGUGCAAAAUGAUAGAGAUUUGAUUCAUUCCACUGAGACGUUCUUUUAAUAGCGCGUGCAGGUUUUUCCUAUCAAAAGUCGCGCGUGCAACACACCGGAAUUGAAAAUUCGUCGUAAAAUCGCACGAACCUUAGAAGGAGUGUAGGCAACUUUGACUUCUGGCGAGAUGAAGUGGAUGGUUCAAAGGACCCCCUGAGAUUUUUUCAGGACUAUAAGUGAGAUUUGUUUAUAACUAUGAUAAUCGUCCUCAAUGGCGGACGGUGAUUUUUACCCAUUGUUGUCAUCAUUAUCGUUAUCACGCCGGAAGAAGUGUAAAGCCGGCAUGUCGCCUUACCUAACUACACAGAAAAUUGUUCUCUCUUUUGCUCCCCUUGGAUCCUGGAAACUGUUACUAUUAGGACGAUCAAAAAGAAAGCCUUUAUAAUUAUUGAAACUUUUGAUUAACAGAUUGUAAGAAAAAAUCGGUGGGGAGAGUUAUUCGCGUAUCUUAUAACCUAAACGAUAGUUUUCAAUAAAACAAAUACCCCUUAAUUCAAUUUACCUUAGUUGUCUCGUGUUUAAAAGUGGCGUUUCUGGGGACCGUAGGUUCUUCCCUGAUUCUUCUUGUCUCAGCUAAGACUCACUACCAUCAACUUUUUUCUUGUGCCUCUUACGGCAUGGGACACAGAGAGCUGAGGUAAGCGAUUGAAAAUUUCUCAGUUAAAGUAAAGCCCAGUAGCAUCCAUCAGGAAUUGAAAACCGUCAUGCACUGUUUACUUCUAUUAUUCUUAAUCGAAUAAGGGGUGUUUUAGUCUGCAAAUUUAAUCAUACUGGUUAAUGAGAAUCAUACAAACUGAGGAAAACUGACCGCAAAUGAUUGUGAACCGUACGCAUGAAUAAGUGUAUUGCGUUGUCAGGUGAUUAAACCUUCUACAAAAACAUUAUUGAUUAUCAACCAAGCAACAUUGCACAUAUUUCCAUCUACAAUUAAAAGCACUUACACAUAGAUCUAUGUUUUUUCAACGUGAUGUGUACUUAAGUACCCUUCAUCUAAUAAAGAAUUUCUUCUCUUUUCGAGCAAAUAUGUCACGUGACAAAAAUAUAUAACAGAAAAUGUUACUGAAGACUACCUGAUUCAACUGGAAUAAUAACUCCAAAAAGCUUUUGAAUGUCCUGAGACAUAUGCAAGGUAAUUACAUCUCUGCCUUGGAUACGCUUCCUGACACCAUCAUGAUCAGGAUACUGACAUGUUACCUUUGCAAUUCUCCAAAACUUCCCCAAAGUGUGGCGAUACCUAUAGCAAAUCCACAUUUUUUUUGUUUAUCCUCCUGAGCGAGGUGAAAUAGGCCAAUCCUUGCCAAGAUUAGCUCAUUUUCACUUAAGACCUCUUUAGACAGGUGGCAGCUUAUCAAAUGAUGUUUUACUUCGUCAUUGCAUUCAGACAAUCGUACCAAACCACUUAAGCCACGCGAUCAACCAAAGUUUUUUCCACCUUUACUAUUCAAAAAGCAGUCCUGAGACGUAAUGAACGUCUCUCUAGCGAACGACUUCUUCCUAUGCUUGUAAUUGUUUCCAACGCGAUACAAGUUCGGGAGAUCUAAAGGAACUCAUUAUAACUUUGUAUACUCGAUACGAUUUCAAUUUCCGCGUCAAAGGAUAAGCCUACUGUGGUCAGUGGUGGCGCUCGUGAGGUAAAGAAUGGGUUUGUGACUUUCUCACUCAAUUGAAAGACUCGCGUUACUCUUAUGAAAUGGUUGAACGGAAUACAGACUUCGAGCAGUCUCUUAUUUUUCUUAAAGAUGGUGAGGUCACGCGUAUCCUGUGAGCAUGGAGAAGCCGCGAUACGCGAGACUCGUGUCUCGCGUCUUUGCCGCUCCACGCUCUCAGAGUUGGGCGAAGACAAGACACGUUAUUUCUGGUGCGAUACAAGAGGUUCAAUGGUUAUCACGAUUAUCUAAACACAUUUAUUUACGUGGUAAAGAUUUGUUUGUAAAUGUAUGAAUUGAUGCCAGUCCUAUUUGGAACGAAAUGUAUUUGAAAGAAAAAAGAAUACUAAGUAAAACAAAAGUUGUCUGCAACACGAAGCAUGCCUUCACAUUAAGACUGACAGUCCUAAUGUUUAUCAUGAUACUUUAAUGCAUAUGUUCGAAUGUUCCCAAAAAUCUUCUGAUAAUCUGCCCGCACCCACCCCUCACCCCGCCCUCACGACUGAACCGUACUGUUUUCACUCAGCGGUUGGUGAGCGAGCACGUUUAUGAAAUAAACGUGGCGAUCGCUACCUGAUCACCGUUCUUGUCGAUCGGAAUGUCAAAAUACCAGCGUGAUAUUGCCGCGAAGAUGAAGCAGUUGUGUUAUUUGAUUCGUACUUCACAUUCGAGUCGAAGCUUGGGUGGCACAGGUUAUUUCUUACGGUGGAAUCGACGAGGGGAAUUCGAACACUAGUCGUAGUGUUUGAAUUGUUGGAAGAAAUGGUCGCAUGGGGAUGGCAAGUUUAACGAACAUACCUUUUCUAUGGUACCUACUUCCUGGCUAUGUUAGUUGGAUCAGUUUAGAACGCCUCACUUUUUCAAAAAUUUACCUUGAAUCUGAUCGGUUUUGGCGUCUGUGAUUUAGGCAAAUCGAUAAGGUGUCAUUCAAGUCUUCCUGCUUCCUUGAUUGAAACGUGAUGUUUACGAAAGUCGCCUCGAUAGAUAAGGUAAAGUUAAUAUACAUGGCUGUGGUAUUUGUUUUUUGCUGAGUUCCUUAGUCUUUUGUAAAUUGUCCUCCAAAGUUGUAUGAAAAUAAAGUCUUGAAAAGUGUCACGGCAAGCCUUUGCUCGAGUGAAAUUUAACUUCCGUAAAACUCUGAAAAAUAAAGAGAUCCGAUCAAACUGAUUGUUGUUUUAGUAUAGGUACAUGAAUGUCUUGCAACACACAAGAAACGAGCGAAAUCCGUGUCUCAAGCAAAAUCGACCGGACCGCUCUUACAGAGACACUCUCUUAAAGGUGGCUCCAUAGAUAUGUUAAUCCAGGAUCCUUCCGUCGGGAAGGUUGUCAGUUAUAAAGCAGCCUAGCAUUAAGAACAACAGUUGUACAGUAGUUGAUGAGAAACUUUAAUUUGAAUGUCAAGAUUCUACACAAGAGAUGCAAACAAUGACAAAAGUCAUUCAAAGUUUUCACGAUAACAUUAAGUGUGGUCUUGAAUAUGUAUGUACUUAUUGUGAUCAAUUAUGGUAUCGGUCCUCUGUCAGAAAGUGUGAAGCAAACAAAUAUCCUAAAUGUUCCGAAUCUUUGCUCGAAGCAUGUAAAACUACUAUUGCUAGUAUAGAUAAUACGAAAUAGAUUUGCUCUACUUGCCAAUCAAACCUAAGUAAUGGGAAGCUACUAGUCCGUUCUAAAGCAAACAAAAUGGGAUUCCCUAUGAAACAACAAUGUUUAAACUUGACGCCUUUAGAAGAAAGAUUAAUUUAUCCGCGUAUUGCAUUAUUGCAGAUACGUGAACUCCCUAGAUGUAGACAAUUAUCUAUUCAUGGCGAUGAUGUUAAUGUACUAGCUGAUGUAAAUUAACUGUUAACGCUUUAACAAGACCAAUCAAUGCAUCACAAACUAUCUCCAUCAAACUUAAACGAAGGUUGAGUUAGAAGCGUCAUUAUCAAUUUCAGAGUGUAAGACCAAGAAAAGUGUCAAAAGCAGCAAAAUACCUUUUUAAAACAAGUGAAUUGUUUCAAAAUGAGCUUAUAGAAGUUCAAGAAAAUUGGCUCAAUAAUCCCGAUACUCGAGGUAAUGUUGCUCUUGCAAAUCAACGUAAGGAAUGGAAAGAAUUCAUCAGAGUAAUUCACACUCAUAAGCAAUGGUGAUGCUGAAAUAUAUUCAGCUGAUCCUGUACCUGAAAUUACUAUUUCUGAAACUACUCAAAGAUAUGAUAAGUACACCGAGCAAUUAGUCACUGAGUAUAAAGACAAUCGUGAUAAUGUAUGGUGGGAAGUUGAAGAGAGAAUUUCAGGUGUCAGAUACUCUAUAACAAGAACCAGAUACGACUGAAAAUGUUGAAAAGGCGAUAACUUUUGCACCAGGAGAAGGAAACAAACCUUUAGGCAUAUUUAUGGAGAAAGACUCAGAUUCCUAUCAUUUCCAACUAUUUACUGUGGUAAAACUCGAGCUGAUAAUUAAGGCAGAGCAACACCUGUCCAUCACAAUAUAAGGUAUGAGUGGGAACUAAAAUGUCAAGAGAGAGUAGCACAAUCAGCACCGAACGUCUUUUACAAAUCAAAAAAGUUACAAAUUAAACAAAUUCAAAAUACCGCCUGUAUCUCUCUAAGAAAGUGUAAAAAAAAAGCCAACAAAUAUACUGCAGGUGACCUAAAAUCAGAUAAUUAUGUAAAUAAAUUAAUUUAUUUUGAAGGGUUUAGAGUAAAGAAAUCUAAGAGGGUCACCAGCUUACUUUGAUAAUAGCAAGAAAGACUUGUUUGCUGUAAUACGUCAGCUGAGUAAUCCUGCAUGGUUUUGCUUAUUGUCAACAGCAAAAACAAGAUGGUCAGAUCUCCUGAAAACAUUAGACAGGCUUGUAGAGAAGAAAGACUACAUUAGCUAUGAAAUUGAGAAUACGAGACGGCAACAAAAGUCAGAUCUUAUUCAAAAGGACCCUGUAAACUGAUAGCCAACCAGCCAGCCGUUCAUUUGCAACUUUGUGGGGAUUCAAUCGCUAUCCAAUGGAAUCCUAUUCAAAGCAAACGAGGAGGAAUGGAGGGAGUAACUUUUUCACAACCCGCAGCAUAUUCAUACCAAUUUUAUGUUUUAAAUCUUCGAUAGUAUUCGCUUUUAUGGAAAAAGUGAAGUUUAAGGUACAGGUCAAACGAUAGCCGAAAUGUCAAUUCUAACUAUUCACCCAACAUCACCCCAGCAGUUUAAAGUAAUUCCAAGUAGUUUCAACUCUAUCCGAGAGUUAGCCAUUGACUGCCUAUGUUUACAUGUAAAAGUGUAUGUUUUUGUGGAGAGGAAUUUAAUUAUCUUCAAAACCCAUUCAAACGUAAUGUAUUCACGACUUAUUCACAGUUCCUUUUGAUUACCUUCUUUAGUAAGAUCCCGCAAGCUGCCAAUGCAACCAUUCAAAACCAUCUUGAUCAAACGGAGCUUAAACGCUGCCAGUUUUUAAAUGUACCACAAUAUGACAUGCAAGGGAAUUCAUGGACCAUAUGCAACAAUUGUCAUAUGAAAGAUGUCAGCGAUAGUAAUAAACACGAUUUUUACCAAAAAUGGAUACGACAAUAAAAUGUUUUCUAACGUCUCAAACGUCGAUAAGAUUCUGACACCUUUUACAUUUGUUACCUCGAUUCCAUGCCUGAGGAUAUGAGGUGGGCGCACUUCAUUAUGCAUACAGUCAUAGAUGCUGAAAAAAAGAAAUGGAGAUCUGUCGGUCAAUAAACACCCAAACGCCACAAAACAUACGCGGGAAAGAGCUGAGAAAAUUGCGAAGAAAGCUCUCAGUACACACGCCUAAUUUCAAUAACGUUGGCACAGAAAAAAGCGAAAAGUGAAAUAAAAAACUUUCAAGAAAGCCCAAGAGAAAUUUAUUGACAUUCAAAAUUGCCCUCUUGAUAUAUCCCGACACCAGAACGAUUUUUACAGAAUUUCCAUCCAAAAAUUAUUUCCAACUUCUUGAGAGCAUAAAUUCGAUGUUGCUUACAAUUUUUGAAGCGAUUUCUUAGAAUUAAGAAAAAGAGAUGUAUGCCAAUGCCGUAUGCGUAUGCUAUAGGCUAUUAAACUUCCAAUUUGGUUUUUUUCUAAUAAUUUUUCUGUAAUUAUUAUUUGUCUUUUUGCUCUUUUCUACGAUAAAGUUGUUGAAAUUUUGUCUAUUUAGUGGAAAAAGAAAAGGUGUUUCGUAUGAACAUAAUUUUACUAGCUAGAUUAUUUUGCAAUUUAGAGUUUUGCAUCAGAGGAUCAAAAGAAUUCGAAACAAUAGAUCUUCGUAAUUGGCGAUCAUAUGGUUGAAAAAUAUAUGAUCGGCGGAACGGAAAAUGUGCGCCUUGGCCGUCUGAAACAAUGAGAUUCAAUUGAUGUUUCCUUUAUCUAGAUGUUCCAGUGUUCAAUUAACUCUAAAAUCCAGCGCGAUGUUUAUUUUUGCGCCAUGUGAUCAAUUGCGGCGAAAAGCCUUUGAACACCUGCGAUAAGAUACUGGACAACAAAUCAUUCCAAAAAGCGCAGAAACCAAGUCACUGCAGAAACCUGCUACGUAUGGCAUAGAUAUUUAUAAUUCCAAUUUUUUUCAAAUUCUGAGUUCUUUUUAAAUUCUGAAUAAUUAUAUAUUUCUUUAAAAUGUUUGAUUUUUUUGAAGAAGCACACACGAAAUGGUUUGUCGCAAAGUCCCACCAACCAUUAUGUGUUCUUCAGUUUAACAUGUUAUUUUUUAAAAUGUAAUAAUAGUUUUAUCAUAUUGAUUGGAGUCACAGAAUACCCUUCCACUUUCAAAGAAAAAAAUUGCGUGAGAAUUGCCACAGGAACAGGAGUAACAUCAGUCGAGAAUGACAUCGGGAUGGAAACAAAUCAAUUGCAUGCACGCAGAACAAACAAAUCAGCGUGCAAAGAUAACAAAAUGUCCCUGAGUCAAGAAAACACAUCACUCAAACCAAACCAGAACCCUUAGCUGUGAUCAGACUAUACUGAUCUGAUUCGUGAUAACAUGUUUUAAAGUUGUGGGGCAUCCAGUGAAUAGCGACAACUAAAUGAAUAUCUGAGAAUGAAGAUAAUUUAAUCUAACGAGCCGCGAAGCAGCUGAAAUUGCUUCUAAUUGCCUUGUUUUUUAGAAUAUGGCUCUUUUCCCAUUAACAAAUCUCCUUCUUUAGAAUAUUCUAACGAGAUCCAUUUAGUUCAUUAUUAUUUGUCUCCUUUUCAGGAAUUAAAGUUGUGUAGGUACUUGAAAACAUGUAAAGGAAAAUGAAUCUGCUACACGAUCAUGGCAAGUAAUAGAAGUGGGUCGCAUUGUUGAAAAAUCAAUUCAUCUUCAAAUUGAUCUUUACUGAUAUUCCCAAUUGAUAAACUCAAUGUUUACACAAUUUGCUUGGAAAUUACAUGACGUUUUUUAAUUAUAGAUGACUACUUCAUCUACAGAAGCUAAAUAAAGUCGAUAGGAGCUACAGUAGAUUUAUCAAAGUUGACUUUUCAAGAUGGCGAGCGAUUCGCACUCAGGACGGACUUUAGUCAUCGUAAACUGUAUUCUGAACGUUCCACUGAUUUUAAUAUGCAUCGUGGGAAAUGCUUUGGUUCUCGUUGCUGCUUCAAAGAGUCGUUGGAUUCGGUCAAGUUCCAUGGAAAUUCUCUCCAGCCUUGCAUUUUCAGAUCUUCUCGUUGGUAUCAUUGCUCAACCACUUUUCCUGGCUCACCAGUUUACUAAGGAGUCCUUUUUAAACAGUCUCAUGGUACUGAUAGUGUACCCUAUUUGUGGAGUUUCUCUGUGGACAUUGACAGCCAUAAGCGUCGACCGAUUUUUAGCCCUUCAUUUCCACAUGCGAUAUGUAACGUUGGUUACCACAACUCGUGUGAAAAUUUCGAUCGCUUUUAUUUGGCUGUAUAACUUCGUUUCGUCUGCUUUAUAUUACCUCGUUCCCUUCAUAUACUUCUUCAUAAUGGCUCUCUCAACUGUCAUCUGCAUAUUAACUUGUUUCCUGGCAUAUCUCGGGAUCUAUUUCAUUGUCCGCCAUCAUCAAUUACAGAUUCAUGCCCAACAGCAAACAGUAGAAAGUAAAGAUGUAGCCGGAAAUGUUAACGGUAUCAGUAUGGCUCGACUAAAGAAGAGUGCCAUGAACACUUUCGUAUUUUUUAUCUUUUUCGUUAUUUGUUAUUUGCCAAUGUAUGCUCUGUUAACUUUCGCAAUAUCAAAACGGGCGCAGUGGACGACCGAGUACGAUUUUUCUAUCACCGUGGUUUUUCUUAAUUCUGCCAUAAAUCCAUUUUUAUUUUGCUGGCGUCUUCAAGAACUUCGAAGAAACGUUUUAAAGACACUAAGGAAGACUUUUUGA